UACCUGCAGCAGCUUCACUGUUCACGGUGUCCACGACCGGUUUUCCUCAUUUGCGGGAUCUCCCAGAGUCGGACGCGUGUAGCCGGUUUGGGUCGCGGUCUCACGGCCAUGGCCUCCGUGGUGUGUCGGGUCCAGUAUCUGGAGGACUCGGAUCCGUUUAUCUGCACUAACUUCCCCGAACCCCGAAGACCUCCGACGGUGAACGUGGAGCAGGACCUGCCGCUCAGCGAGCACAUCGCCGGGAUUCACAAGCUGCUGGAGGCGCCUCUGAAGUUGGAGGAGUGCACCCUUCAGUUGUCUCCCCAUGGAAACUAUCUGGACCUGGACUCGUCUCUGUCCGAGCAGAGAGACGAGCUGGAGAGCUUCUAUGAAGACGUGAUGAAAGGAAAGAAGCCCAUCCUGAUCCUAAGGACUCAGCUCUCUGUUCGUGUCCACUCCAUUCUGGAGAAGCUGUAUAACUCUAAGGGUCCAGAUCUCCGCCGGUCCCUGUUCUCCCUCAAACAGCUCUUCCAGGAUGAUAAAGACCUGGUCCCAGAGUUCGUGGCCUCUGAAGGUUUGAGUUGUUUAAUUCAAGUUGGAGCGGAGGCCGACCACAACUACCAGAACUACAUCCUGAGAGCUCUCAGUCAGAUCAUGCUGUUUGUGGACGGGAUGAAUGGAGUGAUAAACCACAACGAGACGGUCCAGUGGCUCUAUACCCUGACAGGAAGUCUGUCUCGUCUGCUGGUGAAAACGUCUCUGAAGCUGCUCAUCGUGUUCGUGGAAUAUUCAGAGUCCAACAGUCCUCGACUCAUCAACGCCGUCAACACGGUGGACGGAAGGAGAGGUGUGAAUCCAUGGAGUUACCUGAUGGAGGUGCUGGAGGAGAGGAACGGCUCCGACACAGAGCUCAUGAUGUUCACCAUGACGCUCAUCAACAAGACUCUAGCGGUGCUUCCUGACCAGGACUCGUUCUACGAUGUGACAGACAGUCUGGAGCAGUUGGGGAUGGAGCCCAUCAUCCACAAACACAUGAGCAACAAGGGGACCGAGCCGGACCUCCGGGCUCAGUUCACCACGUACGAGGCUGCUCUGACGUAUGAGGACGGGGAGAUGGACGACUCCUCCCUUCACCUCCGUAAGGAGAGAAGAAAGAUGGCCGCCGGCGAGCAGGAGGGACGGAGGAGCCGCCGCUUGUCCAGCCACAACCUGCCGGACCUCCUGUCCUCCUCCGCGGGCUCCUCGCCCUCCGCCUCCCCCACUCCCCCCGCCUUCGUCUCCCCCUCCAUCCCCACGGCGGGGUUGGGCAGCAGGGCCUCGUCCCCUCUGACCUCUGACCCCGGCAGCCCCGUCUACAGUCCGUCCGGAUCCCAGAGAGGGUCUCCGCUGCCCCCCCACUCGCCCCCCAACGGCACCGGGACCGCAGAACCAGAUGCAAAGUCCCCGUCGGCGAGUCGCUCUUUCCUUAGCCACCACAUGUCAGCUCUGGGUCUGAACAGAAGGUCCAGGCUCUUCUCCAAAACCAGCUCCAUCUGUGAGGAGCCUCCAGCCUCCUGCAGCUCGUCUUCUGAUCUGUCUCACCAGGAGCCGCUCAGCAACAAGAUGGAGACAAAACCCUCUUUCAACUCUGAUGAAGCUGACCUACUCUUCUGCUCAGAUGAUUGUAAUGUUAAUCCAGACAAGCCGGUUCUAAGGAGGUUUCAAGACACCUUCCUGCGCAGCCUGGCGGCCACACAGGGUGACGUGAGGAGGAGGAGUAACCACCUCAGCCAGUCCCGGCUGUCUUCGUCUGAUGACAUCAUAACCCCGAGCCUGCAGCCUGCAGAGGAAGAACGGCCUUGUCAGAUCUCCACCUCCAGACAGUCAAACUCCCAGAAUGACACAGGAUGUCCGUCAGACUUCCUGUCACCACUUGUGUCUGCAGCGCCGCAUCAGAGCAGUACUCUGUCCACGGACAAGAACUUUCUGUUGGACAUGUUGUACUCCAAGACCUCCAGCUCUGCCCCUCUGAGCCCGACCGCCGCUGCUGCUGCCGACACCAACGAGGAAGAAGCCCACUUCCUGUCCGGUGGUCGUGUGUUGGAGCGCCUGUCCAGCUUCCGAGCGCGCUCAGUCGAGCCGUGCAGCCCAGACGAGAGCAGAGCCUCCCGCAGGGCGGAGCUAGAGGGGCUGGAAGGCUCCGCCCAGGUGGCACUGGCCCGCCUCGCUGAAGAACAUCAGACCCGUCACCUCCGUCAGCAGAGCAGCGUGGACGUGGAGAGCCACGCUCGCCGUCUGGAGAUGACCCCGAUGACCCCCAUCGGUCCCGGGGGCCCCGCCGACGCCUGGAACCAGCUGCAGCCGAGUGCAGACGCUCUGCGCAUCAAAGACCUGGAUUUCUCCGACCUGCUAGACGAGGAGGACAUUGAUGUCCUGGACAUGGACUCCUUCGACUCCUCCUCCUCUUCCUCCUGCUUCUCUGGCAUCCCACACCCUCCUCCUCUUCCUGCCCCGGGCCUAGGUGUUCCUCCUCUUCCUCCCCUGGGCCAGGGUGUUCCUCUUCCUCCUCCUCUACCAGGGGGUCUUGCCCCUCCUCCUCCUCCUCCUCCUCCUCCUCCCCCCGGUGCUCCUCCCCCCCCCCCACACUCCUCGGCGGCGUCCUCUCGGAAGAAGAAAACGGUGAAGUUGUUCUGGAGGGAGCUGAAGCAGGCCGACGAGCCCCUCAGGUGUCGGUUCGGUCGGGGGACGGUGUGGGCGUCGCUGGACAAAGUGUCCGUGGACACGACCCGCCUUGAGCACCUGUUUGAGUCCAAAGCCAAGGAACUGCCGGUCGCCAAGAAAGGACCUGAGACAAAGAGGUCUGUCAUUCUGGUUCUGGACUCGAAGAGGAGCAACGCCAUCAACAUCGGUAUGACUGUCCUGCCGGCCGUCCACGUCAUCAAGACCGCCAUCCUCAACUUCGACGAGUUUGCCAUCAGCAAGGAGGGGAUAGAGAAGAUCCUGACCAUGACCCCCACAGAGGAGGAGAAGCAGAAGAUCCAGGACGCUCAGCUGGCCAAUCCUGAUGUCCCUCUGGGGUCGGCGGAGCAGUUCCUGCUCAGCCUGGCCUCCAUCAGCGCCCUGACCCCCCGGCUGCAGCUAUGGGCCUUCAAACUCAACUAUGAGGCUCUGGAGAAGGAGAUCGCUGAGCCUCUGUUUGACCUGAAGCUGGGUAUGGAGCAGCUGUCCUCCAACCAGACCUUCAGGAGGAUCCUGGCCACGCUGCUCGCCAUCGGGAACUUCCUCAACAGCUCCAACGCGAAAGGCUUUGAGCUGGGCUACCUGGAGAAGGUGGUGGAGGUGAAGGACACGGUCCACCGUCAGUCUCUGCUGCACCACACCUGCAGCCUGCUCCUGGAGAAUUACCCAGAAUCCUCUGACGUCUACUCGCAGGUCCCCGCCAUCACGCGCUCCUCCAAAGUGGACUUUGAGCUGCUGUCGGAGAACCUGGUGCAGCUGGAGAGACGCUGCAAAGCAUCAUGGGACAGCCUGAAGAUGGUAACCAAACACGAGAUGAAGGCGGUGCUGAAGAACAAGCUGACGGAGUUCCUGAAGGACUGCACGCAGAGGAUCAUCAUCCUCAAGGUGGUCCACAGGAGGGUCAUCAACAGGUUCCACUCCUUCCUGCUGUUCCUGGGUCAGCCGUCCUCCUCAGUGAGGGACAUCCGAGUGACCAGUUUCUGUCGGAUCAUCAGUGAGUUCUCUCUGGAGUACCGGACCACCAGAGAACGAGUCCUGACCCUCAAACAGAAACGAGCCGCUCACAGAGAGAGGACCAAGACCAGGGGCAAGAUGAUCACUGAGACAGAGAAGUUUUCGGGGGCGGUGCCCGAUGAGGAUGGCUCCUCCCCCAUCUCUGCAGAGGCGGAGCCCGGUCAGGAGGAGGAGCAUGAGAACAUGAAGAACCUGCUGAUCAGCACCAACAGUGGUCUGACUGUGGACCAUAGAGGCCCGAGGCGCUCUAGAGCCGUCCGCAGUCUCGGCAGGGUGAGUCCGUCUCAGAUGUUUGGAGCCAAAGAAGACGAGACCGCCUCCCAGGACGACGCCACGGACGAGAUCAUGGACCGACUGGUGAAGUCCGUCACCCAGAAUCCCUCAGAGACACCGUCCAGCCCCAAGACCCGCAAGCGGUCCCGCCUGAACCGGAAGUCAAUGAGGAGGACUCUGAAGAGCGGGCUCAGUCUGGACAUGGUUCAGGCUUUAGGACUCAACAGCAAGACAGCAGACCAGGUCUGAUCCCAGACCAGCUGAGAGACCCGGGUCUCCUUCAGGAGGGCCAUCACUAUUCAUUAUGUGUUUAUUAACAUAUUUCAGACUCAGUUGAGUUCAUGUUUCUUAAGCUAAAGCGACAUUCAGCUCUGAGACGACUCCCAGGAAACUAAAAACAACAACAACAAGAAAAGUUUUCUAUUUUCUACUUAACCAACGACAAUCAGUCCAGUCUACACAGACACACUCACAGACACACAUGCAUGCACUUACAUACACACACCUAGUGUGUGUGUGUGUGUGUGUGUCACUAAUGUUUUAUUAUCUAAUAUGAUCACAGAUUGCAGAAGUUAUUUUUUCUGUACUGUCAAUUUUCUGCACUUUGAAGUUUUUCUCCUAAUUUCACUUAGUGUGACUAACUGACUUCAGGUCAGUUAGUCACACUAAGUGAAAUCAGGUCAGUUAUUCACAUUAACUGACUUCAGGUCAGUUAUUCACACUAACUGACUUCAGGUCAGUUAGUCACAUUAACUGACUUCAGGUCAGUUAGUCACAUUAACUGACUUCAGGUCAGUUAGUGUGACUAACUGACUUCAGGUCAGUUAUUCACACUAACUGACUUCAGGUCAGUUAGUCACAUUAACUGACUUCAGGUCAGUUAUUCACAUUAACUGACUUCAGGUCAGUUAGUGUGACUAACUGACUUCAGGUCAGUUAUUCACACUAACUGACUUCAGGUCAGUUAGUCACAUUAACUGACUUCAGGUCAGUUAGUCACAUUAACUGACUUCAGGUCAGUUAUUCACACUAACUGACUUCAGGUCAGUUUGUGUUUCAGUUUUAAGUUAAAGAUGGAAAUUUAACGAAAGAUGACAUGAAAAAUUGAAUGUUAUAAUUAACUUGGUAUAAUUAAUAAAGGUUUUUCAAGGAGUUGGUUUGUAAUUAUUGAUCUUUAUUUAAUGAUGCGUCACAAUGUUCACGAUUAAUAAAAAAACGCCUGAAAGAA